AUGGAGCAUAUCAAUAAGAUAAAACCAUUUAUUGUACAUCUGAACAGACAGCUCAAGGAUUUAGAGCCAGAAAUUAAAAAACUAACCAACCAACCUCUUGAUGAUCAACUUCUCUCUUUGACAGAUGAGAAGGAAAGGUUGAAGCUAUCAAAUAAAUAUGCAUAUGUGUUGAGCUCGUUGCUUUUUGUAUAUAUGAAGGUUUUAAAUGUCAAAGAUAUGACUCCUAUCAUGGCCGAGUUGUCCAGAGUGAAGAGCUACAUGGAUAAGGUUAAGCAGUUAGACUUGAAUCAAUCAGAGAAGGAAAGUGCAGCCCAAGAGCAACAAGAACGUGCCAAAACCAUAAUAGGCAGCGCAUUAGGUGAAAUAAGAUCUGAUGCGGCUAUCAGUAAGGUCCAUUUUCUAGGAAAGCAUACCAAAUUUGAAAAUAAACGUGAUCAAGACGAAUUGGCCAAAAAAGUGAUGAGUAGAUUAAAACAAGCUAACAAAACGAAAGAGAGUACUGGGAAGGUCUCUAAAAGGAACAAAUAG